UUGUUGAUGCAGAGUGCUUUCCUCACACUCAGACACCGUAGACGGCAGCUCAGACAGUCCGCCAGCCGUGUGCGAUGUUUUCUGGUUUAUGUCAUUUGUAGCGGAUUCUGUUACGGAGGGAUUUUAAUAGGAAACAUCCUGCAUGGAAAGUUCCCGCAGAGCGCGCAGCUCUGCAGGCGCCUGCUGCUGUUUUUGUAGAUGCUGAGGAGCCCCUCCUCUGUCAACGCUGUAACAGAUCCCAGGGGGCAGCAGUAACAUCAGCACCAUGGCUCAGUCGACUAAAGUGCUGGAUGGAGGCUGGGGAUGGGCGAUUGUUGUGGCGUCCUUCAUGGCCCAGCUCCUGGCUUACGGAUCGCCCCAGUCUGUGGGCGUUCUGUACCCCGAGUGGCUGCACGCCUUCCAGGAGGGCAAGGGCAUGACAGCCUGGGUGGGCUCCCUCGUGGCUGGAGUGGGACUAAUAGCCAGUCCUGUCUGCAGUGCCUGCGUGGACAACUUUGGGGCUCGUCCCGUGACCAUCUUUAGUGGCGUAAUGGUGGCGGGCGGCCUGAUGCUCAGUGCCUUUGCUCCGAACGUCCAGUUCCUCAUCUUUUCCUAUGGGAUCGUUGUUGGCCUGGGUUGCGGUCUGGUCUACGCAGCCACGUUGACAAUCACCUGUCAGUAUUUUGACAAGAGACGCGGCCUCGCCCUCGGCAUUGUCACCACAGGCACAAGUGUUGGAGCGUUCAUCUAUGCCACAGCUCAGAAUGAACUGAUCGUGCUGUUUGGCUUAGAUGGCUGUUUGCUCAUCAUCGGAGCUGUAGCACUAAAUCUCAUGGCCUGCGCCGGCUUCAUGAGGCCCCUAAACAUGCCGGGGUACUACCUCAAACAGAAGGCCGCCCUGGAACGCAACACGGAAGAGCAGCUUUUUGAGAAGCCCCAGCUGGAUGACCUAAAGAUCACAACAGGUUCCAGCGCAACUACUCCAGAGAAAACUCUGAUGGUGAAAGAGCUGCUCAUCACCAUUGAUGGCAAGGACUUAGCAUUUCAGACAGAGAAGAAGAAAGGCAGCUCCAUGGCUGGGUUAGCUAUCAUGAAAGUCAUCAAGAAAAAGCAGCAGGCUUACUCCAAGUACAUGCACUCCAUGUAUGAGAUCCUGCAGGACCAAGCCAUGGUGGCCUUCUGCAUUGCUGUCUUCCUGUUCAGUCUGGGAGCGUUCCCUCCUGUCCUCUUUAUAGAGGAUGUAGCACAGAGUGAAGGACUCAUUGAAGAAGUUAGCGUCAUUCCGCUGGUCUCGAUAGGGGCCAUUGCCACUUGUGUGGGUAAACUAGUGCUGGGCAUGCUGGUGGACAUCAGGUGGAUCAACGGCAUCUAUCUGUACGGCUUCACCAUGUUUGCAGGAGGCGUGUCGCUGCUUCUUAUCCCAAUCACUAAGAGUUAUUUGGGACUGCAGAUCCUGUCUGCCAUUCUGGGUUUCUUUUCUGGAAACUGGUCUCUCACCUCCUACAUCACCACUAAGAUCGUUGGCUUGGACAGACUGACACAAGCCCACGGCAUCCUCAUGUUCUUUGGGGGAUUUGGGAUCAUGCUUGGACCCCCGGUUGUGGGGUGGUUCUUCGACUGGACACAGUCAUAUGACUUGGCGUUCUACUUUAGUGGGACCUGUGUUGAGCUGGGAGCAUUCAUUCUCUUUCUGCUGACCCUUCCCUGCUGGAACAGGAAGAACUCCGAGAAGGACAGACCAGACGUCCAUUAUACCAGCAACUGUGACAAAGUUGCCUCAGUAGCCUAAAUAUGAGCACCUUUCAUAAGAACUCAAAUCUCACACCUACUGCCCAGCAACCGUCCCUGAACUGUACCUGAACCACCUCUAGGAGGAAUUUUCUUUUAUGACUAUACAGGGGUUUCCCCUUUAUUUCUGCUGCCAGGUUUUAAUAUACCAAAAUUUUGAAAUACAGGCCUUUCCUCUGUACUUUGUCUGCAUUUCUCAGGUUCAAACCCUACUACUACAGAUAUGUGUCAAGGUUUGACUCUGACGCCUGUGUUGAUUUCUUUAUUAUUGCCUCAUUUUACGAGGUCGACUGAACAAUGUUGUUCAAAUCCCAAAUUCUACUUUGUGUUCAUGUAAACACUGGUUCUCACUUCAUUGUAGCUCUGAAAAAAGACAUGGUGCCGUCCACAACACUGGGAGACAAACAUCUGUAAAAUUGUUGGGUGUCAAUGUAACACAAUAACAACAUAUGAAAUCACUCUGCACAAAUGAUUACCCUUGAAUUUUACUCUGACAGAACACAAGAUUGGAGUGAAGGAGGGAGCCUUUUUUUGAUAAUCAUAACUUAAGCAUUACUUUUUUUUGUUUUAUUAUUUUGUAUUGUGGUUUUAUUAUAUACUUUAAUCACACCACUAUGUAUCUUACCAAAGCAUUCAUGGUAGUCAAUGCCUGUCAACACACAAUGCCUGUUGGAACAAUACAAAAGCCUUGCUUUUAAGAUAGUUUUUACUUUCAAGUGCAUUGAGUCAAUUUAUACUUUUUUUAGAAUGACUUGAGCUCCACAUACCUCCUGUUUCUGAAUCAGUCAGAAGUGAGUUAUGCUGAUUCAAAAACAUGUAAAAACACUUAUGAGAUCCGACUGUAUUCCCAACCUAAAACAGCAUGUUGAUUCUCUUUGUGGCAUGAUUCUCAUGACCUCUGCUGGCAUUCAGUUUGAGCAGGCUGGUCCUUUUCCAUCAUGUUGUGUGUGUAUAUGUUUAUGUGUAUGUUGUGCGUGUAUGUAUCUGCACACGCAUGUUGGCAUACGUGCACAAGACUUGUGUGUGUGUGUGUGUGUGUGUGUGUGUGGAUUAUUUGAUAAACUUUUGUAUCGGCACUAGUUCGUAAAGUCCUAUGUGCUAGUGACUUUUAUAUGCACAAAACCGGCCAUAGAGCUGUAAAAAACUGUUUUGUUUUUGUUUGUUUCAUUUGAUUAUCGUGAUCAUAAUUGUAAUGAAUACAUUGCAAUAGGCAUUUAGAAUCACUUGAAUGUUGUUGAAUAGGCCACAGCCAAUGUCUUUGACUGUUCCAGUUUCAGGCGUAAGAGACAAAAAUCUGGGACAUUAGUGUUUGCUUUUUAUAUUUGUAGAGGGUAUUUACAGGGUGCAGAUGAGGUGCAGUUUGUAGAGAUGUAUGUUUUAGGCACUCGCAUUUUAUAUUCAAGUACUAUAAUAUUUAUGUCUGAGUUUCUGUUUUAUUAUUUUAUUUAAAAAGUGCCAAUAAAAGAUGUUUGGAUUUAAUGGCA